AUGAUGAUGAUGGCGCAGACGCUGUGUCAGAUCUGGGCCGCGGCCGAGCUCUCGACGAGCAUUCACGUCCGAUGGCUCACGACGCAGUGCCUUCCGCUGGGCGACGGCCACAUGCCCUUUCUAGCUGUUGCGCGCCGUCCGAGCCACGCUCGCCCGCUCGUCGCGACGGCAAGACUUGCUGCAACGGCGAGCGGCAUCUCGAACGUCGUUGUGACGCUGGCGCUCGACGGCGAUAACGACGACGAAGAUGCCAUGCUGCCCUUCGACUCGGCGGCGUUUGAGCCGCAGGUGGAUGCGAUGAUGCUGCAAGAGGACGCGCGGGCUGCCUACUCUGCCCAGGUCAUCGUUGCCGAUAUCAUUCUCAAGUACAGGUCGCAACUCGAUGACGCCACGUUGCCCUAAAGGCCUUAAGAGUGCAGA